AUGACCUCCCGAAAUAUACUAUUGGAUGAGCUGACUUCCAGAUACAAUCCCCCUGUCGAUAAUAGGAGGGUUCAACCACCGUAUGAAUCAUGGCUAGUCCAGAGAAGCCCAUACAAUGACUAUGUCAAUGACCUCGCAUCAUCUGAUCCACGCUUACGGCAGCCUGAUCCUGAACAACACUUUCCUGGAAUAUCAUGGGACAGCCGUAUCGUCAACAGCCGCAUUGUGACGUUUCGAGACGGGGAAAGACCCGACGUCUCAAUUUCAGCCGCCGUGAAAUCAGACUGUCUGAGCGAAUUUCUAUCUCAGCGAGACCUCAAUGGUAAACCUCUACGAAGGGCAUACAUCUUUGAGGGCAUGAAUAAAGAUGUGGCAACAGUCCUUGGAAACCACUUCUGGAUGGACCCAACGUUCUUUGUAGAAUACCACCGCACUGCUGGCACCGUAUCAACGAAAGCUAGGUGCAAUGACAUACUGGCCACAAGUCUGGCAACCCAGCCUUAUAUGUCUUUACCAUAUCGUGAUUUGCUUGCUCUGCCCAGCGAGUUAAUCGGAUUUUUUGGUCUCAACUGUUCGGCCACUAGAAGGGUAAUUGAGACUACCAGAUUCAACGGAGAGUUUGAUAGCGUCGCUUACGUCAAACGUAAAUGUUUGAUAUGGAGCAAUGUACGUGAUGAUGGCUGGGAUUGUAUUGCCAUUUGCGAUCCGCCUUUAAGUCACAUUACAAUCAAGCAAGAGGGCCCUUCUAAAGGUCUCGUAUACAAAGUGAAUUCCAAACCAGUCGGAGGAGGCUAUGUCGAUUUUCUUCCCACAAAUCUUCAAUCGCAACGACGACAGGUAUCUCCGAGGACAAGCCUCGCCCAAGAUUUGUGCUUCUACCUUGAGAACUACUCGACUCUACCGGGCCUCACUCUGGAGACUCCGGAUCUCGUGUUGUUGUUUGCCAGAAAGAUCGUUGCAAGUCUUUACAGCAGGCAUCUCGACCACGUACACCAGGCAGUCAUCCGUUCGCAAGUACCUAUGCGUAGGCAUUCUGAUUUUACAGGACUGGAUCUUGCAACUGUGGAGGCAAACUGGAGCAGUUGCCAGACGCUGGAGAAGCGGCUGCACCAGUAUUGCUACGACUUGGAGCAUACACUCGCUCAGAUGCGCAUUCCUCUCCAACGUCCUGACCUCGCUCAAGUAACAUCCUGGAGAGAUGUACAUGUUGACUUCCAGAUGCUUCAUCAUCGAUUCGAGAAUGCUCGUAACUGGGUUGGCAAGAUCAAUGCGAGCAUCACGGGGUUGACUGGUAUAGCUGGAAAUAGGCAGGCUUUCAGAGAACAGCAGCUUUCUCUCGAAGCUGCCGUAAGAACACAGAAUAUUACGACUUUGGGGUUGCUUUUUGUGCCAUUAGCAUAUAUAGCUACACUUUUCAGCAUGUCUGGUGAGUAUGGACCUGGGGGUGGCAAAUUCUGGUUGUAUUUCCUUAUUGCGUUUCCUGUUACUAUGCUGGUGAUGGUAGCAUUUGUAGCCAUGGGUUGGGUCCGAAAGAGGAACAUCAAACUUUGA